CCCGACCGAACGAACUCAAGCUGUGCGUUAGACUGAACUAAUUUGCUCAAUACGUGCUGGGUAUCGAGCAAGAUAAUGGCGGAUGACUAUCCAUCUCCGUUUCGCUCGGAGCAGAUGAGCCUGGUACAGCUCAUCGUGCCGACCGAGGUUGCUCAUGAUACAAUCGCUGAACUUGGCGAGCUGGGGAACGUACAGUUCAAAGACUUGAACCCUGACGUCAACCCAUUCCAACGCUCGUUCGUGGGUGAGAUUCGCCGGGUGGAUGAGAUGGCCCGUCGUGUGCGCUUCUUCACGGCGCAGAUAGAAAAGGAGAAGGACACGGUGCCCGUGCGCCCAUUGUAUGACUCCGCGCCGUUGCUCACCGUCGGGCCGCGGGUUGCGCAAACGAUGGACGAGCUGGACACGAAGCUGAAGGAACACGAGGUCAGGCUAAUACAGAUGAAUGACAGCUAUCAGUUGCUGUGUGAGCGGAUGAAGGAGCACGAGGAGGCUCGGCAUGUGCUGCGAGAGACGGCGGUGUUUUUCGAGAGGGCGGCGUCCGGCUACCAGCCGGAGAUCAGAGCAUCGUUCGACGACAGUUCCGCACCUCUGCUACAGCAUGAUGAUCAAGAGCAGCAGUUGACCUCUAGCGGUGUCCAAUUCGACCUCGAGUUUGUUGCUGGCACCAUCGAGCGCUCCCGUCUGCCGACGUUCGAGCGGGUGCUUUGGCGAGUGCUCCGUGGCAACCUCUACAUGAACCACACCGACAUCGCUGAGCCAUUUAUCGACCCCGCCACAGGCGCGGAAACACGCAAGAACGUCUUCAUCAUCUUCGCACACGGCGACACGCUACUUGCCAAGAUCCGAAAGGUCGCGGAGAGCAUGGGCGCGACCAUCUACCCUAUCGAUCCAAACGCGGACAAGCGUGCGCAGUCGAUGCGCGAGGUGACCGCGCGCCUCGAAGACCUCCAGACCGUGCUCUAUAACACGCGCCUGAAUCGUCGCACGGAGCUGAUCACGAUCGGGGAGAGUCUGGAGAGCUGGGUUGAUGUGGUUAGGAAGGAGAAGGCGAUAUAUGAAACGUUGAACUUGUUGAAUUAUGACGUGAACAGGAAGACGCUUAUUGCGGAGGGGUGGUGCCCAACGAGGGACAUCUCAAUGAUUCAACUUGCACUCAGGCAUGCAACGGAGGAAUCUGGUACGAACGUCCCUCCUAUCCUGCACGAACUCAGAACGAACAAGACGCCACCGACUUUUAUUCGUACGAACAAGUUCACAGAAGGGUUCCAGACGAUCAUGGACGCAUACGGUAUUGCCUCCUAUCAGGAGGUCAAUCCCGGUCUGUUCGCGGUCAUCACAUUCCCCUUCAUCUUCGCGGUCAUGUUCGGUGAUAUCGGUCAUGGAUUCAUCACGUUCGUCUCUGCGCUCGUGAUGAUACUCAUGGAGCGUCGGAUGGCGAAAGCUGAACUAGGAGAGAUCACUGGGAUGUUCUUCUUCGGCCGGUACAUCAUCCUGCUUAUGGGUCUUUUCUCGAUGUACACCGGGUUUCUGUACAACGAUAUCUUCUCGAAGUCGCUGCACGUCUUCCGUUCAGGAUGGUCUUGGCCGGAGCAGGCGGUCAAUGGCUCGUUCAUUGCAUUUCAGAAUGGCCACACGUACCCCAUUGGUAUCGAUCCGACAUGGCAUGGGGCUGAUAAUGCUCUGUUGUUCCUCAACUCGUACAAGAUGAAGAUGUCCAUCGUGCUCGGUGUCAUUCACAUGACGUUUGCGUUGUGCCUGCAAGUUCCAAAUCACAUCCGCUUCAACCGUCGCGCGGAUAUCUGGACGAAUUUCCUUCCAUCGAUGUUGUUCCUGCAAUCUAUCUUCGGUUAUUUGGUCAUCUGUAUCAUCUACAAGUGGACAGUGGACUGGGGAACAUCACCAACGGGUCCACCCUCUCUCCUGAACAUGCUCAUCUCUAUGUUCUUGUCGCCUGGAACGGUUGACCCAAGCACUCAGCUGUAUAGAGGCCAGGCAACUAUUCAGGUCAUCCUGCUCCUAAUUGCGUUUAUUUGUGUGCCGUGGCUACUUAUCGCGAAACCCUAUCUAAUGUGGAAGGCGACGAAGAAUAUCCAGGGUCAAGGAUAUCGUGGGCUUGGAACAGAGGAUGCUCCGAGACAUACGGCCGAUACGGACCUUGAAGGUGAAGAAGAAGGCAAUGGCGUGGCCAUCGCCGAAUCGAUAAAUGAGGAGGAACAUCAUGAUUUCGGCGAGGUGGUGAUCCAUCAAGUCAUUCACACGAUCGAAUUCUGUCUUGGGUGCAUUUCGCACACUGCCUCAUACCUGCGUCUGUGGGCGCUCUCGCUCGCGCAUGCCCAGCUUUCCGAGGUAUUGUGGACUAUGACGCUGGAGGGUGUUCUGGGCAUGUCGGGCCUGUUCGGGGUCGUGGCCAUCGCGCUUAUGGGCGCUCUCUGGCUCUCACUGACUGUGUUCAUUCUGUGUAUCAUGGAGGGGCUGUCUGCGUUCCUGCACGCACUGCGUCUUCACUGGGUGGAGGCAAACAGCAAGCAUUAUGAAGCGGGUGGAUAUCAAUUUGCGCCACUGAGUUUCGCCAGAUUAGGUGAAGAGUGAGAAGGAGGGGGCAGUGCGGGGAGAAGUCAGAGAUGGAAGUAGCUCUUCCUGUGUAGCUCCGACAAUCGGAGGUGCCUGUGUACCGCGAUGCUUUGUCGCCUGUGCAGCGUUGUGGGGUAAUGUACUGCAUUGCUACCCCAGAUGCGCUGGUUGGACGGAUGGCUGGGUGAUUGGUAACAAAUUUGUAACUAUUGGCGACAAUUGGCAACAAUCGUUGAUCGCU